UUGGUUUUUAGUAUGAACACAUUAAUUUUGAAGUGAAAUGCAAAAUUCUGAGGAGCAAGUUAUGCCAGGCUUAUCUGAGUCCGUACGUGCGAAGUCUUCACUGCGGGCCAAUCUUGAGAAGCUUAAUCAACAAGAAUUAACACUCCAGAGCAGGAUGCCGAACAUCAAAGUCUUCAGCGGGACUUCGCACCCGGAUUUGGCCCAGAGGAUUGUGGAUCGCCUGGGAAUCGAUCUGGGAAAAGUCGUCACGAAAAAGUUCAGCAAUCUAGAGACAUGCGUGGAAAUCGGCGAGUCGGUCCGCGGGGAAGAUGUGUACAUCGUGCAAUCGGGAUGCGGGGAGGUAAACGACAACUUGAUGGAACUGUUGAUCAUGAUAAAUGCUUGUAAAAUAGCCUCUGCCAGCCGUGUGACGGCCGUCAUCCCCUGCUACCCCUACGCCCGGCAAGACAAGAAAGAUAAGGUAAGUAAUGUGUCGAGUGAAAAAGAACGCCAUGUGGAAAAGUGGAAAUCUAUCGAAUGGAAAUUCAGGAGCCGUGCACCGAUCUCCGCCAAGCUAGUGGCGAACAUGCUCUCGGUGGCCGGAACGGACCACAUCAUCACCAUGGACCUGCACGCCUCCCAAAUCCAGGGCUUCUUCGACAUUCCCGUGGACAACCUCUACGCCGAGCCCGCAGUCCUCAAGUGGAUCAAAGAGAACAUCUCCGAGUGGAGGAACAGCAUCAUAGUGUCCCCGGACGCGGGGGGCGCCAAGAGGGUGACUUCCAUAGCCGACAGACUGAACGUCGAAUUCGCCCUGAUCCACAAGGAAAGGAAGAAGGCGAACGAGGUCGAUUCUAUGGUGCUGGUGGGAGACGUGAAAGACAGGGUGGCUAUUCUUGUGGACGAUAUGGCCGACACGUGUGGUACCAUUUGCCACGCGGCGGAGAAGCUGACCACAGCCGGGGCGACUAAGGUGUACGCGAUAUUAACUCACGGUAUCUUCUCUGGUCCGGCGAUUUCCAGGAUAAAUAACGCUUGUUUCGAGGCAGUCGUCGUGACGAAUACCAUACCUCAGGACGCUCAUAUGAAAGAUUGUUCCAAAGUACAGUGUAUUGACGUGUCGAUGAUGUUUGCGGAGGCUGUGAGGCGCACGCAUAACGGAGAAUCUGUGUCAUAUCUCUUCUCAAAUGUACCCUAUUAAUGUUAGUUCCACUUUAUAAUUAUAACCAUUUUUUUUUAUAUAGGAUGUAAUACCGUUUUUUAAUGUACGAUAAUGUUGCGUUAAUUAUACAAAGUAACGAUUAAAAUUUUGUUUUAGAA